UCCACUUCCCAAAUGAACCCUGUGCUCACUCUCCAAACGCAGCCCCCGUUUUCUCUCUCUCUGUCUCUCUCUCUCUCUCAACCAGAGAUGGCAGCAGCUUCAGCAUCAGCAUCGAUAGCUGUGAACGGAGCAAAAAUGGCGACAAGUUCGCAGGCGUAUAUAGAAAGCAAUCCGGUGAGAGAAACAAAGGCCUUGAUAUCAGAGCUCUGUCGUCAAUUCUACAAUCUGGGUUGGGUCUCCGGGACUGGUGGUAGCAUCACAAUUAAGGUCCACGACGAUUCCAUCCCCAAACCCCACCAACUCAUCGUCAUGUCCCCUUCCGGUGUGCAAAAGGAAAGAAUGGUUCCAGAGGACAUGUACGUGCUAUCUCCAAGUGGGUCUACACUGUCUUCGCCCUUGUCGAAGCCAUACCCUUAUAAGCCUCCUAAAUGCUCUGAUUGUGCUUCUCUCUUCUUGAAGGUAUGCUCUUACUAAUGCUAUAUGUUGCUA